AUGGCUUCUGUAAACUCCUUUGUGGCUCCAACAACCGGCGACCAACCAUGGGUAGAUCAAAUGAGAAAAACCUUAAAAACACAACUUGCAGUUCCCAUCGACACACCACCACUUUCCAUAUUCUCAGUACCCCAAAUCCUUAAAGAUGAAAAACCCGAAGCCUAUGAACCUCAAAAAUUCGGGCUCGGUCCGAAACACCAUUUUCGGACCGAGCUGUAUUCAAAGAUGCAACAAAACAAGCUCACCGCGGUCAAGCGGGUAAUUAAACCGUACCAGAUUCCUGAUCUGGAAGACCAAGUUGCCGAAAGAAUCAAAAACAUCAUCCCCGUACUUUCUCCUUGCUACGAUUCGUUCCCCGAAACCGACGAGGACGCUUUCGCAUGGCUUUUCGCGAUAGACGGUCUGUUCUUGCUUGAUCAACUUGGUGUGUAUUUGGAUAAAGGUUUUUCAAUCGAUGAAAAGGAUUUGAUCAUGUUGGAAAACCAGAUUCCUUUAAUUGUGUUGAAAGAGAUUGAAAAGGCUCUUUCGGAUGCAGGUGGACAAGAUGCUAAAGAUUUCUGGGAAUCUAAGUUUCGAUACUUCGCAGAGAAGAAUUCUCCGUUUCUUCUCUCGAAAAAGAAUAUUGAUUUCGACCGCGUUAACCAUUUGCUUUGUUAUAUGUACCAUUCCAUUGUGGACAACGAGGUUUUGGGAGACGUUGCUUUCUUGAAACCUGGAAGUAUCCCGGAUGAAAAGCCGGCCGCUGAAGAGUUAAUAGAAGCAGUAAUCCAAGCGGCCGGAUUAAUUCCGGGUGCUAAACCUUUUCUAGGGAUUCUAGAAUCCCUAGAGAAGAUUCUGUACGAAACGGAUAAAGAGGCAUCAUCGAUUCAAGAGAUCCAGGUGCCCUCGGUUUCCGAGCUAAGCGAUACAGCCGGAGUGAAGUUUGUUUUGUCGACAAACGAAGAAGGGAUUAGAAACAUAAGCUUUGCUGAUGGAACAUGUAAUCUCCCUGUUAUUACUCUUAAUUAUGAUACGGAAGUCAUAUUAAGAAACUUGAUGGCCUACGAGAAACUAAUGACGAAAAACAGUUUAAUGGGCGGGUUUGGUCUCGAACUCACGGAGUAUGUGGAUUUCAUGUGCGGGAUUAUUGACGACGCGAAGGAUGUGAAGGUGCUACGCGAACAAAAGAUCAUACAAGGCGAUUUGCGAGAUGAGGAGAUCGUGAAGUUGUUUAACGGGAUAGGGCGAUCGCUAGGGAAUAUGAGUGGGCAGUCGAAUUUGAGGAAGACAGUGGCCGAGUUAAACAAGGUUUAUGACAAUGUACCGAGUGUUCGGAUCCAGAGAGAGGCCGAGAAGCAGGCUAGGGCUGCGGCUAAGGCGAUAACAUUUUUGGUUAGCAUUUCGGGCACGUUGGUCUUGGCUCGCGAGGCGUUGGUGCAGGCUAGUGGUUCGAACGCGACCCAGUCUAUUGUUAAUUUUGUUUCGGAGCAUUUUGGGGUAUUUUCGUCUUUGAUCCAAUAG